AUGGCUUCAACAACUGACUUGCACGUGUCGAACCUCUUCUCGUUGAAAGGCCAUGUGUGUCUCGUAACUGGCGGAGGGACUGGAAUCGGGCUAAUGGCUACUCAAGCAUUAGCAGCGAAUGGCGCCAAAGUAUACAUCACGGGGCGGAGACAAGAAGUCCUCGAGCAAGCAGCCAAGAAACACGACCCAACGUCCGAAGACAGCCAAGAAAGCGGACCCAUCAUCCCGGUCGGACCAUGCGACGUCACCAACAAAAGCGACCUGGAGCGACUCUGCAAAGACAUCGAAUCGAAGGAAAAGUAUCUCUCGCUCGUGGUCGCCGCCGCGGGGGUGUCAGGACCCAAAGGCUACCCGGACACGAGCGACGCAUCUGAAAUGAAGGCAAACCUGUGGCAGGAGAGCAGCGACGAGUGGAACGCGACGUACAACACGAACGUGACCAGCGUGUUCUUCUCCACGGUGGCGUUCCUCCCUCUGCUGCAGAAGGCCCCCCGAGAGCACAACUCCAGCGUCAUCGUCGUCUCCUCCAUGUCGGGCCUCAUGCGCCACAGCCAAGCGCACUUCAGCUACAACGCCGCCAAGGCGGCCACCGCGCACCUCGCCCGCAUGAUGAGCAAGGAGUUCGCGAAGACCCGCGUCCGCGUUAACUCCAUCGCCCCGGGCUACUUUCCGAGUGAGAUGACUAUGAAGGAGAGCGACAGCCGUAAUAAAACGAGCAUGCCGGAUGAGAAGGUCAAGGACAAAGGCCAUGAGGUCCCCGCGGGGAGGGCCGGGACGGAUCAGGAAAUGGCUAUGGCGGUUGUGUUUCUGAGUUCGUGUGGGUACGUUAAUGGUGAGGUGGUCAAGCUGGAUGGUGGUGUGUUGAAUGAGGUUGGCAGUUAG